CUUAAAAUCUGAUUUUCCUACUCUUUCUCUCUAGAAUUAAACAAUUUAUCAUCUCUCUCUCUUUCUCUCACUCUUCUCUCGUCUCCUGAUCAUCUUCACAAAGGAGAGAUAAAUGGAGGAGCCGAAAUGGUUGGAAGGUCUUUUAAGAACAAAGUUCUUCAACAUUUGCCUUCGUCACCGCGAGACACCGCGCAAUGAAUGCAACAUGUUCUGUCUCUCUUGUCAAAACGCUCCCUUUUGUAUCUACUGCCGCUCCUCCCUCCACAUUGAUCAUCCCAUCCUUCAGAUAAGAAGAUCGUCGUAUCAUGAUGUGGUUAGAGUAUCGGAGAUAGAGAAGGUAAUGGACAUAGGAGGAGUUCAGACUUAUGUUAUCAAUAGCGCGAGGGUUCUCUUCAUAAACGAGAGACCACAUCCUAAGAAUUCCUCUCAUGGUGCCGCGUCCUCCACCACCAAAACCAUAUCCUACUUCUGCGAGACUUGUUGCAGAACCCUUCUUGAUCCCUUUCGCUUCUGUUCCUUGGGUUGCAAGAAAUGUCAGGUUAAAGGAAUGAGGAAGAAUAAGGAAGAAGAAGAAGAGAGAUUGCGUAAAGAAAGACAACAAGAAACGCACAAAGGCACGCAUCCUCCAACUCAUAGCACUUCUAAUUCUAGGCGACGAAAAGGCAUUCCUCAUAGAGCUCCUUUUGCCUCCUAAUUUAAUCAAAUCUUUUUCAAGAAAUAUAAAAUAAAUAAACAUUCCUUUAAUUUAGUUAAUGGUCCACCCAAAUUAGCAUAAUAUAUGCGUAUUGGGUGGGUGUUUAUAUAUUCCCUAUUUGUACAAUGUCCAGCUCACUUCUCACAAUCUCACAUGGAAACAACAAUUUGUAUAGAACA